UGUUGUCAACAGCAGAAAUUAAUUUUAAUGGUAUUUAUUUAUCGAAAAAGAUAUUUAAUUUAGUCUAAUAGUAAUUUUUUUAAGUUUAUAAUAAUAUAGUCUCAAGUCGCAAUGUUUAGAAAAACGUUAAUAAAUAUACCACGCGCAAAUUUCCAGAUUAAUAUUGUAAGAAAUGCACAAAAGCGCUAUCCAAAAGUAGACAAAAAGUUACAGGCUGCCGCUGAAUCAUUGGCAGCCAGAGGAUUCCUUCGCCCUAACAAACCUUGGGAGCCACCAACUAACAUAAAUGAGACAGUCGAAAAAAUUUGUUCUCAGUAUGGUCUGAAGUCAGAUUCAGAAUUCGAAAGUCUUGAAGUUAAAUUUAAUGUUUUAAAAAAAUGCUUUGAAGAGACUGGACACGGUGUACCUAACUCUUUAUUGCAUACUAUUGAAAAUGUUGAUGAUCUUCAUCAAUUUUAUCAGACCCCUGUUGAGGUACUAACUCCGUUCGAUGCAUUAAAAAAGAUGGACCUGCCAAAGAAUUUGCAUAUCCAAGAAGAUUAUGUCCGCUUCCAUCCUGAUAAAGAUACCUUAUUUAAUGGAAAGUCUGCUUUCCCGAAAAGCUCAACAAUUGUCUCUGGUCUGAAAACAAGAAGGAAAUACGAGGGAUAUACUGCCAAGACAUCUUGGCCAUGAUUCUGUUUGUUUUAAUACUGUAGAUAUGAUAUAGAUAAAUAUGAAUAAAUUAGUUAAUAAAUAAUUACACUUUAA